AUGGGAGACUACCAUCCUUCCACUGGCAUUGUCCAUCCACGGGCUCGCCCAUCUUACUCAACCUACAAAUCCCCAUACGGACCGAAAUACGCAAUCGCACCAAAUGUUGGAGGUUGGACUCUUAGAAGCGCGACAAAGCUUGGUAUGACCUUGGGAGCCUUUGGCGGUGUUGCCGGAUUCUUCGCCCUUUUCUUCUUCUCCGACAUUCCAAGAGUACGAAGAGAUAUCAUGAUUAAAAUCCCCAUAAUCGGUGACCAUUUCGUCAAGGAGGUUCCGCCAUCCGACAAUCCUUUCUAG